CAGUACCAAUCCGCGCCUCGCAAAAACUAGUGUCCCGGUAUUUUUGUGAUUGUGUUUUGCCUUUGUGAACCUUAUUGGAAUGUGAUAGGGCUCGUUGAUUGUCAGUGAGUGAUUGUGUUGUGACAGUGCGGGGAUGACGGAGUAUGCUGGCUGUGCGCAAUGCCGAGUACCUGGGUUCAUUCCCGGCGUGCGGCGGCGAGCGCGCGCUCUCCGACCAGCUGCUGCUCAUGAAGGAUAGCGAAUGUGCGGUUCCGGUUCUGAUCGUGGUCGCGCCAUCGGGGGUCAAAGUAUGCGACCCCGAAGAUCAGAGUGUGCGCAUGUAUCACGCGCUGCGCCGCAUCUCGUUCGCGACGUGUGAGAGCGCGCGUUCGCUGUUCGCGUUCGUGGCUCGCGAGCGCGCCGUACCGCGCGCCGAACCGUUCGCCGAACACGCCGAGCCCGCGCCGAGGCACUACUGCCACGCCUUCAGGACUGAGACGCCCGAAAAGGCAGAAGAACUGAACUCGCUGGUGGGAGAUGCGUUCCGAAUGGCGUUCGCGUCGCAGCUUCAGCCCUCCGCGCCGCUUUGGAGCGCGGAGCUGAGCGGCGGCGAGUGCGUGCGCGCACCUGACUCGCUGCCCGGCCUCACACACCACUACCCGCGCUCCAGAGACAGAUCACCAUCGAAAUGCGACAUAAUGGGCAUGCAGCACGAGGCCAGCCCCACCAGUUCGGAGGAGUCCAACUCCCCCACGGAGAUCAACUGCUACCGCCGGCUGGGGGAGCGCGCGCCGCUCAUGAAGAGGCUCAUGGGGCUGAGCGGGGCGCUGCUGCAGCCCUCGGAUGAUGACUCCACUCCGCUAGUUGCUGACACUCCAACCACCCCAACCAACCUGCCGCUAUGCAUGAACGGCUACGUGAACGAGGCCUCAGAGGCCGAGGCCCGGAGCCGCGACACUCGCGAGUCCAACCGGGAACUCACGCCAAGACAUGAUAGUCUGCAGAACCUUGAGGAGUUUACCAAGACUAAUCAUAUCAAGAACGGCAGCGGUUCAGCAGGUUGCAGUGCAGCGACAUCAUCAUCAUCAGGAGCGUCAUCAUGUGGUGGAUCACAUGGGUCCGGUAACAACAACGUGCCGAGAGCGGAGCCGGAGCUGCGACAUGCGCCGUGGUUUCAAGCAGGGAUCCCUAGAGAGAUAGCGCUAGAAAUACUAAGCAAUCAGCCAGUAGGCGCGUUCAUGGUGCGCUGUAGCACCACGCAGACCGGCUGCUUCGCGCUGUCCGUGCGUGUACCGCGCGACUUCCAGCCCUCGGGCAUCGCGCACUACCUCAUCUUAAGGACGCCUAAAGGGUACAAAAUCAAGGGCUUCACAAAAGAGUUCACCUCCCUAUCGGCACUAGUGACGCACCACAGCGUAAUGCCCGAGCUGCUGCCGUGCCCGCUGCGGCUGGCGCGCCGCGCCGCGCCGCCGCGCGCGCCCCGCGACCUCGACGAGCCGCCGCACACGCCGCGACAUCUACCGUUCCGGCCGCAACUUGAUGUAUAGCAUACUGUUGAUCUCCUAGCUAAGACGCUGGAGUAUCUAUAGAGGUGUGAUCUAGAGACAUGUUUUGAUGGACUAACUCUAAUGUGUUUGAAAGAUCUCAAUCGCACUAAAGGAUUUACACCAAUCAUUUUACACGUCACGUGGAGUCAGUGCUUUGUUGUGUGCGAAUUGAUUGUGUGGACAAUAUGGAUAUAGUGUUGGAGGGUACCGAAGGAUUAGAGCGAUAGUCAGUGCAGCGAGUGAAAUAUUUGAUCUCCGGCAUCUCAAAUUUAAAUUUCAUAUUGUAGCAGCUUGUGCACAUCACUUCACGUUAAAGACAUUAGUAUGGUGCGUACGUGAUUGAAUGGAAAUAAAAUCCCUACAAUAGUUGUAUUUUUUUAUGUGAAAACCGAAUCAUAUGAUGAUGAUUUUGAUCAAGUAGCCAGUUUAUACUGGUAUGAAUUUGUAAUUUUGACCUGAAAUAUUAAAAUUUUAUCCUGUAUUUUAAAAAAAAGGAACACAAAUAGUGGCUUUUCAGCUACAAUUUGUAUAUAAACUCCAUACAAGUUUUGGCUGGAAUGCUGUCCGUCUGUGUCAAGCAUAAGCGACGGAAAUAUUUAAUUAGUCAUUCCUUUUAAUUCCUUAUAAAGUCAUUAAAUUAUAACAACGGUGAGCUCUAGUAGCCUUUGAGAAGUUGCAAUAAAUAUUGUAUGUGUUCACGAAUGAAGGCACUCUUUAUACGAUUACUACCUACAUAUACAAUUACAUUUAGGUAAUUAAUUAUUUUAAAUACUUAAUUUGAGUCAAUGAUGAAUAUCAUAACUAUCAUUAGUUAAUAAAUAAAUAUAUUUGAAAACUUUUUAGCAAUUCUAUACCAAAAAACAAUUUUAUUACAAGUGAAUUUUACUUAGCUUGGUAAAAUAAAAAGGUAUUUACAUAUUUCAUUCACAGAUUUCAAAUCAUCUUGAAAUAUUUAUUCAGUUGAAUAGGUAAUGUAUAAACAGUGUCUCUCGUAAACAGACGUACAUACUUUUAAUAAAAAAAAUAAUGUGAUAAAUACGUCAUGUAUGUGUAAAAAUAUGUAAAAUAUUGUGUAUAUGGAGUGUAACUAUAGUAUCAUGUGUCAUAUCUAAUAGACAUAACAUAGGAAGGAAUUGAGUUUGCUUUUAUAAUUUUGUAAUAUCCUAGAUUUCUAGUCUUAAAGUGUAUAGCCACUGGUUUAACGACUCACGCCUUUAUCAAAGUAAAACACAUGUAAUUUGUAAAAUAUAGAAUAUUAUAUUUGUCAAAAUGAAUAAUCGGUUGAAUUGAAUAAAAGAACGCUGUAUGUGACAAAAAUUUCACCAUUUAUACUUAGUUUACAAAUUUGUCAAAAGAUGGCGCCACUUAAACAUAAUUACUUAAUAAAUUAAUUGUUCUUUGUAUGUUUGGCAUGCCCAACACUCCAAAAUCGUGUGUCCAAACAUAUAUUGUAUCUAUGAUUUGAUACUUUUUUGCCGGGAAGAUAUUGUCAGAGAAAUUUGAAUCUACAGUGUAAGAAAUACAGUUGAUUUUGUUUUUCUUGUAAAUUGAAUGGAGCAAAACAAAUGCAACUGUGUUCCUACUGAAAACGAUUUUUUCAUCGAACUAAUUAAGCCCUAUAAGUGGAACCUUCAGCCUUGAAGGUGGCAACAUAUUUGAUGAAACUUUUGUGAUAUACCGAUUGAAAUAUUUGUAACAAGAUGCCUUUUAGUGAGUACCUUAUAUCUUACAUGGCUUGGCGUUAGUGACAUUCGGAUCUAAAAAUAAAUAAAUAAAAUUAUUAUUUGUACUUUGAAUUAAAUCAUAAAUCAAUCAUGGAUUCACAACCUCCACGAAAUCAUCUAUUAUUAAUAUUUCUAAACCAGAUAAUAUGUUGAAUCGUAUUCACCUACACGCCAAAUUAAAAAACUAACUUAUGUCAGGGGUUUUUCAUGGCAACGUUUCUUACAAGAUCUACGCAGUUUUAUUUGCCCUCGUUUUCACAAAUGAGACUUGAAUCCACGAUAUUUUAGAUAAAAGUUUCCCUUACUAAAAUAUGUUGACCUGAAGAUCCGUCUGUCACGCUAUUAAUUGUUACACUGCCUUACAAACGCGUUGUAUAUGAGUAUAUAUAACGUUAUCAACUAAAUGUAGAUCAUAAUAUAAUGUCUGUUGAUGUUUAUCAUAUUUAUUAUCAACUACAUUAUUGUGCGUACUUAUUGAAGUACCUACUGACAAUGUAUUUUAUCUGUAUAAUACUUUGAAUUGAAUAAUUUUACGGUUUAGACUUACCAUGUCGCGCGAGUGACUAAAAACAAGUGAGUCUAAACCGUAAAAUUAUUCAAUGUUAGUAUGUCUCACAACAGUUUAAAUUCGAUGUAUAAUACUUAUUUGAUUUAAAAAUGUCCUUAAGUUGCAAAUAUUAUUUAUUAAAAGUUGUUCAAACAGGAAGAAGUAAGUUAAUAAAGAGCUUAAUGCUUUUAUUCGGAUGGCAAAAAAUACGUUGUCAAUAAAUUUAGGAUCAUAUUUUUUACAUGUCAUUAAAAAUUAAAACUACAAUAAGAAACUAAAACAAAACGCAACAUCUUCAAAAUAUUAUCAUUUAGCUUUGAUACACACUCACAAAUGAUUGUUAAACAUUAUCAACAACAUACCGCAGUAAAUAUUUACAAUUACAUAUUUUUGGGUCAUCCUGUAAUCUCCGCACAAAGUACAAUUGCGAACCAUAGUUGUGCCUAGAUGGCACCACUUUGGCCUAAAAGUAAUAUAGCAAUACAAUAUAUCCUGGAUAGUGCACCAUUCUGUGAUGUAUUUUUGUUCUGAUGUGAACAUUGCCUGGCUACUAAAACAUUAGAAAAAAGCUUGGAAUUAAGAAAUCUCAUAAAAACCGGGCAAGUGCGAGUCGGACUCGCGCACGAAGGGUUCCGUACCAUAAUGCAAAAAAAAAAAAAACAAAAAAAAAGCAAAAAGAAAACGGUCACCCAUCCAAGUACUGACCCCUCCCGACGUUGCUUAACUUUGGUCAAAAAUCACGUUUGUUGUAUGGGAGCCCCAUUUAAAUCUUUAUUUUAUUCUGUUUUUAGUAUUUGUUGUUAUAGCGGCAACAGAAAUACAUCAUCUGUGAAAAUUUCAACUGUCUAGCUAUCACGGUUCGUGAGAUACAGCCUGGUGACAGACGGACGGACGGACGGACGGACGGACGGACGGACGGACGGACGGACAGCGAAGUCUUAGUAAUAGGGUCCCGUUUUACCCUUUGGGUACGGAACCCUAAAAAAGAGCUUUCUUAGCAUAUUCACGCAUUUCCUAAUUUUCCACCAUUUUGUCGUUACAAACACUGAUCAGCGGGCACAAAAUAGUUCCAUUUUUAUCUCCUGUACUAUGUCCGUCACUUUUGCACUUACAUACUUGUUAGAACGUGAAAGGCAUUGUGACAAGCGAUAAAAAUGCGACCGUGCUACCGCCGCAGGCUGUGUCUAGUUAUUCAUCUAUUUAAUUUACUACUGCCUGUUUUAAAGUAGUAAAAUGAAUAAAACAUGAAAUGGUCUCAUUUAUAUUGUAACAAUUUUUCAGUUAUAGUGUAUUUUAAAUGAAAAUAAAAAAAAACAUCAAUUCAAACUUAACAAAAUAUGCAAUAUAACUUUUGGUACGCUAUUUAAAAACAACAUUUACAAAUAUUGUAUGUAUUAAUUUGUCUUUAUUAAUUUGUCAUUUUGUAUCACUUUGUAAU